AUGUUUAGGUUUUUGCACUUUGCAUUGGCGAUCUCGACGAUCUUGGUCGCCAUCGUCGGCAUCCAGUUGCUGUUGCGAGAAUUUGGACUGGCUAAUGUGAGUCUUCACCUCGCGGCGGAAAACCCAGGCGCGCAAGAUACUCAGCACACCGAGUCUCAUGCGGAUGAUGUUCUAUGCUCUUUCAACGAUAGUGAAACGACAGUCAAACAUGGGACAGACUGCUACGGGUUUGAAAUGUUUAAUUGCACCAAUGACAACCGAGUCCAACCUGCUUGCCGGAAUGGCACCUGCAUGCAAGAGACAGGCAUGAAGGUGAAUGCGACCACGCUUCACCUUAGUAGUCAACCUUACGAAAAUUACUUCUAUUCAGAUUGUAAUGUUGCCGCCCAGGUCUUGGUUACUACCCCUUUACCGGAUAGUGAUCAUAAAGUCAUCGGACCACGAGUCAUUGUCACCUGGCCAGCAGGUAAUAGUGGGGCUUGCAUAUUCUUUGAACCCGAGAAUGCGAAAAAUGGGACUCUUGCGAUCAAAUUCAUCAAUUCAACAAUCGGGUCACCUCUUGCUCCUAUUUACAUUGCAAGAGAAGACCAUCCCAGUGUGGGAGUCAAGGGAGUUCUUCAUUUGAACUCAACAGCUGUUUUGUCGCUGUCGAUUUUGGGGUCGGUUCGAGCUAUUCGCGAUUUCACCGAAGGGCCAAGUCUUCUUCAUCCCAUGCUUCAGGAAGGGAUCCAUGUCAAGGAGUUUGGGACCAACGGUGCUUCAAUAUCGAGGCUCUGGCUUGACAACGUCACUACAACAACUCUGACUUUGGAACCAAGGCAAUCUGGGAACGUGCAGAUCAAAGGUCAAAAAGCCAUACUUCAAGCAGGAGAGUACCUUUUCUCGGCCCACUACAAUUAUCCCCAACUUCGUCAAUUGAGCCUAGAUGCCGUGUUGAAAGACAAGAGCCUAAUUGAUCAGCAACAGUACGAAACCAAAGCUUUAUCUUUCCUGUCAUACUCCGAGAAGGUCUUGGGAGGUGCAUGGCGGUUUCUCACCUACUUUGGUCGAGAUGACAUGAUUUCAACGCUGGUACUGCUACCUGUCCUGACCGAAAAUGUUGUUGAGGCAGUCAUCGGCUCUGUACUGGAGAGAAUCAAUCGCACCGACGGUAGUGCUUGUCAUGAAGAGACCAUCGGUGACUACGCCACGUUCAUGAAUCUACAGGAAGGCGUUGGCUCUACAUCCUACCGAUGUGACUACAGCAUGGUUGACACGGACUACUUUGUUCCAAUCUUGAUGCAAUCAUAUUUCGGAGAAUAUGGAGCGGGCUCAAAGCGCCUAGAAGGCUUGCUUUCCACACCCGCAGGUAAGGUUGACGAAAGUAACAAGGGUCUAACCUGGGGCGAUCUACUUAUUACUCUUGCAAGAAAAAUAAUGAACGAAACUGCUGACUUCGCCGCCCCUGGUGGCCAAACACGAGAAAACCUUAUACAUCUCAGAGAAGGCCAUGAGACUGGUGUAUGGCGCGAUUCAACGUACGGUAUUGGUGGAGGUCGCAUUCCUUUCGACGUCAACGUUGCCUUAGCUCCCGCUGCUCUUCGUUCCAUCUCUUCACUAGCAAGGGAGUUCAACACCAGUGUCUUUGGUGAGUAUGCGCGAGACUGGGCCGUGCGUGCCAGCCAGUAUGCUCAGGUGUGGGAGGAUCAUACAUUGGAAUUCUUUAAAGUAGUCCUUCCGGCAGUUACUGCUCGUGAGAGACUAGAAACUUUUGUUCAAACCAGUACUUUCUAUAACGGACCGUCGCAUGCCGACCUCAUCGACUCGGACGUAUCAUAUCACGCUCUAGCUCUGGAAGGGCACAAUGGCCUCGACAUCGUUCCGGUAAUGAAUACCGACGCAUGUUGUCGUAUUUUCUUUCUUAACGGGACGAACCAAGCACGACUGACCAGCUACCUCAACGGGACUGCGCUUUCUAUAUUACGACCAUUUCCAGCAGGCUUAAUGACGCCGGUAGGCAUCGUUGUCGCCAACCCGGCUUUCUCAGAGAAUGAAAUUGUGAGGCAGAACUUCACCAACUCCGCUUACCAUGGAGCAGUUGUCUGGAGUUGGCAACUAGUGGCGAUGGUGAUGGGACUAGAGAAGCAAUUGGGUCGAUGCUCUUUGGUUGACUCUCGCAGCCACCCAGACUUUUGCUACGAUACAGUGGUCUACAACAACGUCAGGAAUGCCUACAACGCUUUGUGGGAUGUCCUCGAGGCGAGCAAGGACUUUCUGUCGGAUGAAGUUUGGAGCUGGGUGUACAAAGACGGAAAGUUUAGACAAACACCGCUGGGGAGUAUGGAACCUCCACCAGGGGUAGAGGGGGUUGCAGAAAGUGAUAUUAUACAGUUGUGGAGUCUGACGAACCUAGCACUAAGGAGGAAUAAACAGCUCAGGUAA